AUGAGGAGACGUCGAUUAAAUGUCGAAUUACAAUUUCGUCGAAGCUCCAACUUGGCUUGGAUCAAGUUAGGCUGUGGCGAGCUGAAGACUUCUACUUCUUUUUCUUCUUCUACUUCUUCUACUUCUACUUCUUCUACUUCCUCUACUUCUACUUCUUCUACCUCUCUAAGAAAAUCCUCCUGCCCCCUCCAGGUCCACGCCAAGCACGAGGAGAAGUCUGACAACCGCUCCGUCUACCGCGAGUACAACAGAGAGUUCCUGCUUCCCAAGGGCACCAACCCCGAGCUCAUCAAGUCCUCGCUCUCCAAAGACGGCGUCCUGACGGUGGAAGCUCCCCUGCCGGCCAUAGCUGGGAACGAGGAGAAGGUCAUCCCCAUCGCACAGAACUGA